AAGCAAAAAAGGUUGCAGAAAGAGCAAAAAUCGCGUAAAUUCUUCCGGUUUCUCUGGUUUCUGGUGCUUUUGGUUGCUUGCAUUCUAAUGUAAAGUGUUCGAGGCACAUAAUGGAGUCGUCCUUGGAACUUCACAACGAUUUUGAUCUUUCGCUGGAGCAUGAGUACCUCUGCUCGGGAAUGUACGAAUCCGGGAUGGAUUUGCCGGCCAACUACGGGUUGUGUGAUUUGCUGCUGCAGCCGGAUCCGCCCUCGUGCAGUGUGGUGAAUGAGCAGACCAUGCAGGCUCUCGCUUCCGGCCAGUACGGCGGAGAGUUCAUUAACCCCGACGAUUUCCUGAAUGACAUCCAUCAAUCGCAGGCUGAGUCAACGGACGGCUCAUCACCGUCGAGCAGGGACACACCAUCUCCGGCCGGGAGUCAGCAAAGUUUUGAGUCGAUCCCAUCAUCCGGCGGGUUCGAAUCCUGUCACGUGGUGCCGAUGCAUUUCGAGAGCCCUCCCAUUUCGCCUCUAGGCCCCGUGAGUCCGUCGCAGGUGUGCCAGCAACAAUCAAAGCCAUGUGGAACGAAGCACUCUGACACCGGUACGAUAGCGAGUGGACGUCGCAUUAAAAUUCUACCGAAAACUUCAACCAACUCAAACGUUACUAAGACGAUUACCAAGAAAACGAUCGUACUAUCCGCGAAGGAUUACAAAGCGCUGAUAGCAAACACGCUCAAGCAACCCACGAACAACACUAUUCUUUUAAAGGCCACAACGACCGCAACCAAUGGACCGAUCGUUCCUGCCAAGAUCGUUAAACCAACAGUUCAAAGUAAGCCAGUUGAAAUACCAGCGGUACUUCCACCGUUAGCGCUCGUGCAGAAUAAAAGUGCUCCUCCAGUGACAAGGCCGGAAACCGUCUCUUCAGUUCCAUUAACGAUACCAAUGAUGCGGCCAUCAGGAACGAGUACUUCCGAUCCACCGUCCAUCGACGAAAAAACGCUCAAGAAACACCAGCGCAUGAUCAAAAACCGCCAAUCUGCUUAUGAAUCGCGGAUGAAGAAGAAAGAAUACGUUUCCUCGUUGGAGGAUCGUAUCCAGGAGCUUUCUAAUGAGAAUGCACAGCUGCGUCAGGAAAACGCAUGUCUGCUGCAGCGAUUGGCGAUACAAUGUUCCUGCGCCGCAAGCAGUAUACUAAUCAGUCAAGCAUCAGCAAAGAAGAUGUCACCUACGGCUCGCAAAAAUACUGCUCUCGUGCUGGCUAUGCUCUUCAUGGUGUCGCUGAACUUUUAUCCCAUCGGUAACCUUUUGACCAACACAAAUGAUAGUGUUGAUCUUGAGCCAACACAAGCCGGUGAUUCAAUUCCGUAUCACACUCGAGGGCUGUUAUGGUCGAACAAAAGUGCGAACAAGUUUACCAACAAAAAAUCCCAGAUUAAUCUGAACUUAACAGCACUCGAUGAGUUGGAAAAGGUGGAAUCCAUCGAACCGUCUUUUACGGCGGAGUGCCCUUUCUACGUAAAUCAAACGGAGAAUAUACGGUUGGCUAGUGAACUGCGCCGAUGGAUCGGUGAGAAUGGAUACAAAAAUCUUACCGACAGCAAGGGCGGAUCGGGAGGUGAUAUGAGUAUCGAUACUUUUGCGAAAAUGUUCCACCUGAAAGAUACGAUCGAUUCGAUGUACCGACAGAUGAAGGACAUCAGUGCGCAAAUGAAGACGUAUGAAAAGCGACAGCAACGGCUAACGCUUCGUGGUGAUAAAAGACAAUCCAAAAGACGCACCACCGAUAUAGGCGGGAACGAAGUGACGCCAUACCGUGGGAAACAUUUGCACAAACCAAACGAUCUGGAGAUAUACUAUCCGCGCAUCAACGUAAAGUAUGCAGAGUUUUUUGAAGAGAUUGGUCGUCGUGAUGACACGUUCUAUCUGGUGUCGUUCAGCGAAGAGCACCUCCUGCUCCCUGCCCUAGCGUACAACAAAACGAAUCGUCCGCGUAUGUCGCUGAUGUUACCUACUGUCGCUGGCGGGGGACCGAUGGGUAAUGGGACGGACACGAUCACAUUGAUGCAGAUCGAUUGCGAAGUUAUGAACACGUCGGUCAUACAGAUCCGGGAAAAGGCUAUUCCCGGAGACCUUCGGCCGCAUUCCAAUGCUCCUAAAACGGCACGUGCGCGAGCGGAGUCCGGAACAGGUGGUUUUGGCCGUAAUGCCACCAACACCAGUCAAGGUGGACGGCCAAAUAGUCAUCCGGUAACGAGAGACAAACUGCAGACAAACCAUAGCACCGCCCAUCGGAAACCAACGAUCCCUCAGCAACAUGGGCAACCAGUUCGACCGUUCUUUGUCGAACGUAUGAAUGAACAUCUGAAAAGUGAGCAUCAUGUUAAUUGAGUGCGAGUGUUGUCCCUUUGUUUCGUUGAUUCCGCUGCCAAUGAUCUCAUUUAAUCAAACAAAAAGGUGCCAAUGAAAAUGCAAGACUAGGAAGAGCAUUAAAGCGCAGGGCGUGUCGUGUCUUUCGCAAUCGAAUAAUUUCCUAUGCAUUCCGUGUACUGUAAAGAUAGUUAGUUGUUAACAAGCAUUUCUUCUUGGUUGGAAGUAGACAAACCGAGCUAUGGUUGUAGUUUGUGCAAUAACAUAUAUUAGUUGUACAAAUAUGUUAGUUGGGUUUACAAUCAGUAAAAGUAGACAAAUCAUAGAGAGGAAUAAAAUAAGGAAUCAAUCAGGGUUAGCAGAAAAGUGAAAGCGAUAAUUUUUGUAAAUGAGACUUCUAAUUCAAGGCAACUAACCUAUGGACUCACGCGACGCAAAGACUUUCAUGGAAUGUGUGGCGCUGGUAUUGGCCGAAGUAAGCUUACUUACUCUUGAAAUAAGCUGUUUACUAACCCUGGCAUUUAUAAAUAAAAAAGU